CAGUGAAUGUGAUGACGUAGUCGAAAAAUUGCCAAACAAACUAUGGCGACAGAGGAAAUCACUGGGAAUAUCGACAUGGCGGCCGCUAUAACCCCUUCUUCUCACGUCCAACAUGCUAAAGACUGGCUUUGGCAGCGGAAAGCUCAGAUGAAACCAUGGACAGAGUUUUUUAAGGGUUCGCGCUUUAGCCGGCCAAAGACGGUCGCUGAAGCUGGAAGAAGGGUCAUGAAGAACUUGGAGGAAUAUCAAAGCAACUAUGUGGUUAUAACGCUUCUUUUGAUUUUUUACUGUGUUCUUUCAUCACCAUUGCUACUGAUAGCAUUAUCAGUUGCUGGGGGUGGCUGUUUCUACAUAUCUUACAAAAACCAAGGACAGAAGAUACGAGUGUUAGGUCGUGACCUAAGCAGAGCAGAACAGUAUGGACUUGUGUUACUGAUCAGUCUUCCCCUCUUCAUUUUGGCUUCAGCGGGAUCAACAGUGUUUUGGAUUAUAGGGGCAUCAAUCUUUACAGUUGGACUUCAUGCAUCUAUGUUGAGCACAUCGGACACACCUGAAAUAACAGAGCAGAUAACAAUGGAAGAAGUUUAAUUAAAAGAAGUGGAAGAAUGAUGAUUUGGUAUACAGCAACAGUGGGAAUAAAAAACCUUAUGUCAAAUGACUGUGCUCUACAGAAUCAUCAGUGUUAACAAACUAAAAUAAGCCAUCUGAAGUUCUUGAGGGGCAUGUUACUUCUAGUUAGAAUGGUUGUCUAGAUCACUCAUGGGAGUCAAAGAGUGAAAUAAUGACACAUCCUGUACAGUAGUAUCCAUCUUUACUGUAGGCAAAAUAAUUUUUUUCCUUUUAAAUCAAUAGUAAAUUAUUAUGAAGUGUUAGCUCACAAGACCAAAGACCAGUGGUAGAGAUAUCUAACAAAGAUAUAUUUUAUUUUAGUCCUAAAUCCUCAGCUAUUUAAUAUCUUAACUGAAGUUUGCUCACACUUUUCCUUUGCGUAAUGUUUUUUUUUUUCAUUGCACUGGAUGUGUUAAAUGUUAUGUCUAAGUAUUACACACAGUAAUUAGUUCAAAAUGAAAGCAAUAAAAGUUGCAUCUACUCAAGAGUAAAAAUUCAACUUUACCAUGCAAUAAAAUAUUAUGUGGUUCAAUUUUU